GGCAGCGGGAGGGACUGUGUAGCUACCGUGUGUACCGGUGUCACAUAUAUUCAUUUCGUGUACCAGGCCGGCUGAUGACGCUGGCUGCUGAGCAUGACGUCACGGGCUGUAGAUCAGGUAUAGUGGGCGAGAGAGAGUGGCGGAGACCCCAGUGAAUAAGAUCUCUAUCUAAUGGCGGCCGGGCUGAAUGCUGCAGCAAAGACUUCCCAGACUCCACUGCUAUCACGUAAAUGCUGACCCUGGAAUCUCCCUGCUGAUUGGCUAAACUGCACCACGUGACCGAUGCAUGUGCUCCACCCACUGGAUCCGUUAUGCUGACGUUUCCUCAUGAUUGGUCUCCGCCACAAAAUCUAGAGUGCACUCACUGACUGACCCACAGAGGAUGGACAAAGCCAGAAGUCACAUGACUGGGAGGAUAUUAAACCUCACCCUAGAGAUCAUCUACCUGCUGACUGGGGAGGAUUACACAGUAUUGAAGAAGACAUCCGGAGAGCGUGUAACACUCAGCAGUCUCCCUCGUGUGUCAGGAGGACUGAACAGGAACCAGAACCAGAGCCCCAUCCCGGUUCCUACACCUCACUCACGGAUACAUGAGAAACACAAUGACCAGAAGAUCCUGGAACUCACCAACAAGAUCAUUCAGCUGCUGACUGGAGAGGUUCCUAUAAGGUGUGAGGACGUCACCGUCUAUUUCUCCAUGGAGGAGUGGGAGUAUAUAGAGGAACACAGGGGUCUGUACAAGGACGUGAUAAUGGAGAAUCACCGGCCCCUCACAUCACUGGAUGGGGCCAGUAACAGGAAUACCCCAGAGAGAUGUCCCCGUCCUCUGUGUUCCCAGGAUCAUACAGAGGAGAAUCACAGUGUCCCACAGGAGGGUCAGGCUGAUGAUCUGACUGAUAUUAAAGUGGAAGAGAUAGAGAUAGAAGAGGAGACGUAUGUGAGAGACUAUGAUGGAGGGGUCUCGUGGUGUGUCCUACCUAUUGAAGACCAUAUCCACACUGCUAAUGGAUUUAACAGCUGGAAUAUGUCAGAGGAACAUCUCACGUUAUCUCCAGACAAUGACAUAGAAGAUAAUGACCCCAUGCGAGAUUAUCCAGGAGAAAACCCCAUUACCCCAUAUCCAGUGCUGUACAGUACAGAUAUAUCAUCUGAUCCGUAUAAUCCUGAGAAAUGUCCACUUACCUCUGAUGUUACACAUCGCACCUAUAGCAGAGCUUGUAAAGUAUUUGCAUGCUCUGAGUGUGGGAAAUGUUUUACACACAACUCAAAUCUUAUCGUCCAUCAGAGAAUUCAUACAGGGGAGAAGCCAUAUUCAUGUUUACAGUGUGGGAAAUGCUUUACUCAUAGAUCAAACCUUGUUCAACACCAGAGGAUUCACACCGGCAAGAAACCAUUUUCAUGCUCUGCUUGUGGGAAAUGUUUUACAAAUAAAUCCGAUCUUGUUAAACAUGAGAAAAAUCACUCCGUUGAGCGGCCGUUUCCAUGUCCUCAGUGUGAGAAAUGUUUUACGCAUAAAUCAGACCUUGCCAGGCAUCAGAAAAAUCACAGCGAUGACAAGCCGUUUCCGUGCGAUGACUGUGGGAAAUGUUUUACAAUCAAAUCGAACCUUGUCAGGCAUCAGAGAAUUCACACAGGCCACAGGCCGUUUCCGUGUCCGGUCUGUGGUAAAUGUUUCACUCUGAAAUCAAAUCUUAUUAUACAUCAGAGGAUACACACGGGAGAGAAGCCGUUCCAGUGUCCUCAGUGCGGGAAAUGUUUUACUCACAAAUCAAACAUGGUCCAACAUCAGAAAAUUCACAGUGGCGAGAAGCCGUUUUCGUGUCCUGAUUGCAGGAAGUGUUUUACCCAGAGAUCGUAUCUCGUUGAGCAUCAGAGAAUUCACACAGGCAAGAAGCCAUUUUCAUGCUCUGAGUGUGGGAAAUGUUUUACCCAGAAGUCAAUUCUUGUUCGCCAUCAGAAAGUUCACAUCGUUCUGAAACUGUUUUCAUGCUCUGAAUGUGGGAAAAGCUUUAGGCAGAAGUCGCAUCUCAUAGAUCAUAGGAGACUUCACACACAUAUACACAUUUCAGGAGGGACAUUCUGCGCUGCAGAACAUUGUCCACAAAGAUUGAUAUCUUCUCAUUUUGUGGUGAAGAGUCCUGACAAAGAGGCGGACAACAAGGACGUGAUGAUGGAGAAUGACCGGCCCCUCACAUCACUGGAUGGGGCCAGUAACAGGAAUACCCCAGAGAGAUGUCCCCGUCCUCUUUAUUCCCAGGAUCAUAUAGAGGAGAAUCACACUGUCCCACAGGAGGGUCAGGAUGAAGAGGUGAUUGCUGCUAAAGCAGAGGAAGAGAAGAUGUAUGUGAGGGGUGAUCAGCAGUGUAAAGAGGAGGAAAUCCCUACAGGUAUCAGCACAGAUGGAGCUAGUAACAGGAAUACCCCAGAGAGAUGUCCCCGUCCUCUUUAUUCCCAGGAUGAUACAGAGAAUGAUGAUAUCCCGCAGGAGGAUCAGAUUGAAGACCUGAUUGUUGUUAAAGUAGAGGCUAUAGAGGAGGAAGAGGAGACAGAGGAGACGUAUGUGAUGGGUGAUCAGCAGUGUAAGGAGGAGGAAAUCCCUACAGGUAUCAGCACAGCAGACGGAGAGAAUGGCGAGACCUUGGAGGGAAAUCCCGAUUUAUCUACUGAUUGUGACGACUUAGAAAAUAAUGACAUCAAACAAGAUUCUGCAGACGAAACCCUAGUUACCCCAAAUACAUCCUCUGACCCCUCUAAUCAAGAUAAUUCAGAUAUCAUUAUACAGAGAGUAGUUUUUAGAGGUGGCAAAAGAUUUCCAUGCUCUGAAUGUGGGAAAUGUUUUGCCCAGAAAUCAGAUUUGCUCAAACACGAGAGAAUUCACACGGGCGAGAAGCCAUUUUCAUGCACCGAGUGUGGAAAAUGUUUUACUCUGAAGUCGACUCUGGUCAUACAUCAGAAAAUGCACACCGGGGAGAGGCCAUUUACAUGCUCUGAGUGUGGGAAAUGUUUUACACAGAAAUCCGAUCUCCUGAAACACCAGAGAAUUCACACAGGUGAGAAGCCAUUUUCAUGUUCUGAUUGUGGGAAAUGUUUUCCGCAGAAAGCAAAACUUAUUCGACAUCAGAGGAUUCACACUGGUGAGAAGCCGUUUCCAUGUUCUGAGUGUGGAAAAUGUUUUACAAUUAAGUCAAAUCUUGUUGCACAUCAGAUAAUUCACACAGGUGAGAAGCCAUUUCCUUGCUCUAAGUGUGGGAAAUGUUUUACCCAUAAAUCAAAUCUUAUUAAUCAUCAGAGAAUUCACACAGGGGAGCAGCCAUUUUCCUGUUCUGAAUGCGGGAGAUGUUUUACACAGAAAUCAGGUCUUAUUAAACAUCAGAGAAUUCACACUGGGGAACAGCCGUUUUCAUGUUCAAAAUGCGGGAAAUGUUUUACACACAAAUCAAAUCUUAUUAAUCAUCAGAGGAUUCACACUGGGGAACAUCCGUUUUCAUGUUCUGAGUGUGGGAAAUGUUUCACACGCAAGGAAUUUCUUAUUAAACAUCAGAGGAUUCACACUGGCGAGAAGCCGUUUCCAUGCUCUGAGUGUGGGAAAUGUUUUACACAGAAAUCAAAUCUUCUUAAACACCAGAGAAUUCACACGGGCGAGAAGCCAUUUUCAUGUUCAGAUUGUGGUAAAUGCUUCCCGCAGAAAGCGAAACUUAGUCGACAUCAGAGAACUCACACAGGGGAGAAACCAUUUCCGUGUUCUAAGUGUGGAAAAUGUUUUACAAUUAAAUCAAAUCUUGUAGCGCAUCAGAUAAUUCACACAGGUGAGAAGCCAUUUAAGUGCGCCAACUGCGGGAAAUGUUUUACGCACAGGUCCAAUCUUCUCAACCAUCAGAGAACUCACACAGAGGAUCAGCCAUUUUCGUGCUCUGAGUGUGAGAAAUGUUUUACACAGAAGUCGGGUCUCAUAAAACAUCAGGAAACACACACCGAUGGACAAACGUUCCCGUGUCCAACGUGCGGAAAAUGUUUUACACAGAAGGAAUUUCUUAUUAAACAUCGGAGAACUCACAGACGUAAGAAGCUAUUUCCGUGCUCCGACUGUGGGAAAUGCUUUGCAGAGAAAUCCAACAUUAUUAAACAUCAGAAAGUUCACCUGGAUUCAUACAGGUGAAAUGGUGUUACUAGGUCUGUAAGUUCUCUUCCCCAGUUGACCUGAUCUACAAGUCUGCGAUGGCGCCCAAUGUGCUCAAUAUCUGUGUUCCUGAGAGAUGUUUCUUAUAUAAUACUGGGAGCGUUUGGUGAAUAUCGCUUUUAGGUUUAGAUAAAUUGUAUUUAUCUCUAAUUACUGUGCUGACUUUAUUCUGUGUGUUCUGUAGCUUUUAAUAAAUACAAAAAAAUGUGGCAUAUAAAGCCAAUUCUUCAUUGGUUAAUAAUGUGGUUUAAGGGAAAGUGACGGUCAGUGGCAGUACUAUACCCAUAGGUGGUUACUGAUGGGCUAUGUGGUAGUUUGUAGCCAGGGGAUAAGGUCGUUAGGUCGACAGGUGAAAAGGUCAACAUGAGUUUUUCAAAAAAAAAUUUAUUUUGGGGAUUUUUUCAUACUUAACGAUCCACGUGGACUACUAUUGGAACGGUAACCGGUGCCGAGCAAGUGGUAUCUGAGCGAGGCACCUUUCCCGAAGCAUGGCGAGCGAACACGGUGCACUAAUUGGGGUUCCCCGUCACUUUACGGAGAGAAAACAACACCAAAAACAGUCAAAAACCUCAUGUCGACCUUUUGACAUAGUGCAUGUCAACCCAACGACCAUGUCGAUCUAAUGAGUGUCGACCUAAGUUGGGUCAACCCAGCGACCCGUAGCCAGAAGUAUCCGAGUCCUUAAUGAUGGAAGAGACGUGUUUAUAAGGGGUGUAGUCCUUAAGCUGACAUUUACAAAGUAUGUCGACAUGUUUACAGUGUUGAUAUCUGAAAUGUCGGCAUUCCACACGGACUGACAGCGGAGGGUUAGGAUAUGAGAGGGGACGUUAGGGGUUAAGAUUAGUCCUGUUUCCCACUGGAAUCCACGCAGGAUCUGCUGGAAGUCAUCCUGAUGUCACCACUGAACCACCAGAGAAGUUUUGUCAACAUCCUAAUCAUGCCGACAUUUUAUCAGUGUUGACAUGUCGACAUAAUAUACCGCGCUUAUACCUUCUUUUUUUAUUUAGUUACAGCCUUGGUAUUCUAGAAUAUGCAGCCUGCGUUCCCCAGUAGCUAAAGCUACUUAUAUUUCACGACU